ACUACUCGUAAUCGGAAAUUCGUAAGCAAAAGUAAACUUUCCCCUUCUAUUCUUUAUCAGCUUGGAAUAUAUAUAUAUAUUUAUAUAUGUAAAUAUGUACAUACAUAUAUAUGUAACGUAAAGAACAGAGCAAUCCAGUGAAAUUGAAGAAGCGAGAGCUAGUCGAUGUUUUUGUCUGCCACAUCAGCUGUAAGAAAAUAAUAAUUGUACACAACUACCAUGUAUACGAACGAUAACAAAAUGCAAGAGCAAGAAGACAUUGGGAUCAUGAUAAACGGUGAUGAUGAUGAUGACUCGGUGCUGAGUCAAAAGCAGACUCCCACAAAUGGAUUCAACUUUUUGCAACUUCCCCAAUUACCAUUGAAUCAAAUCGGGUAUCCGCAGGCACAAGCAUGGAUUCAACAUCGAAAAGCAACUCUCAGACCGUGGAGUUUGUUUUUGAAUACAAAUAACUUCCGCGCUCCUCCGAGUAUCAGUAGAUUUAGCAAGAGAGUUAUGAAAAAUAUUGAGUACUUCCAAAGUAAUUACUUCUUUGUUUUCAUUGGAUUAGUAGUCUACUGUCUAAUCACGUCUCCACUCUUGUUACUCGCUGUCGCAGCUUCCCUGGGUACUUGUUACAAAGUAUCCCAAAGACACGCACGUCAGGAGCUCAUGAUUGUUAAUCACAAAUUAACUCUAGCCCAAGUUUACAUGCUAGUUGGAAUUUGUUCAUUGCCGCUGUUUUAUUUAGUUGGAGCUGGUGCCAUUCUUUUCUGGGUUCUCGGUGUUUCUUGGUGUUUAAUCACCUUCCACGCUGCGUUGUACAACAUCGACUCUGUUUUGUGUCCCGGGGAAGACGAACUUAAUUCUCUUGUUAUGCAGGAAGUGUAAGCGCCACUAAUUAAUCUUUAAAAAAGGUUAUCAAUCUCCUUAAUAUCUACCAUUUAUAAUAAUGGAGACUAAACUAAUUUUUAUUUAAAUGAUAAUUAUCCAAAUAAUAUUUAUUUACAUAAAAUAAAAUACGUCUUGCAAUAUAAUAGUCAAUUAGAUAAAUUAUUAAGUAUUAAUAUAAAUUUUGAUAUUAUUUAAUAUGUAAAUUAAAGCAAUAAUAAAAAUAGUUAAUAAAUUUAGAUAAAAA